CGAACCGGAGGCUAAUUGGAUUUGUUCUUCCUUCUCCACAUUCCAAUUUGAGGGCAGUGGAGGUGUAACAACAAUGGCGCCUCUCAAACAUCUGGAGAAGGAAAAUCCAAUCAUCGACGCAUGUUUCCAAGAUUUCUGCGCCUCUCAUGGAAUUUUAACAAGUUGUGUUCUACAUCUUCUCUUCUUGUAUCUCGUUUUCUCGUAUCGAUUCUAUUUGAUUUCUCCUGUUUGCCUGCAAAAAAACGACUGUGGUUGGCAUAUGAACAUGAGAAACACAAUUGCUUAGUCCAAUUACUGUAAGUUCACUUUAAAAAGUUUUGAAUUCUGGAAUCUGGAUAGUGCGCUGUUUGAUAUUUGAUCGUUUAAGCUAAAGGUGUUCGACGAAUUAGAUUUUUGUAGUUAUAGAGUCGGAUUCGGUUUGGAAUGUUUGUGUUGAUGGCUUUUCUCAAAAUUGCAGUUGAGGAUUUCCUUCUGCAUGAUCUCUACGAACUUACUGCAUUUUCUCAACGGCAGACAAAUGCAGAUAGAUUGAAAGAGGGUAUCACUCUCAUCCUCUCUUUGAUAGAACGUCAGUGUCGGCCAUUGGUGAAUGGUUUAAAACUGUUGGAGGAUCUACACCGUAAUAAACAUACUCUGUCGACUGGAGACAAAGAGACGGACUCAUUGCUUCAAGGUGGAUUCCGUGAGGGUCAGCUUACAGAACUUGUCGGACCUUCCUCUUCUGGGAAAACACAAUUUUGCAUGCAAGCUGCUGCAAGUGUAGCAGAGAAUCAUCUUGGCAGAGUCUUGUAUUUAGACACAGGGAACUCUUUUUCUGCCCGACGCAUUGCUCAAUUUAUCUGCUCCAGUUCAGAUGCUACUUUAGGGCAGAAAGUCAUGAGCAGAAUAUUAUGCCACACGGUCUAUGACAUAUAUACACUGUUUGAUACGCUGCAAGAUCUAGAGAUUACUUUGAGGUUGCAGAUGAAUGUGAAUGAGUCCCGACUACGAUUGUUAGUUGUUGAUUCAAUCUCUUCUCUGAUUACUCCAAUCCUUGGAGGCAGUGGCUCACAGGGUACAUACCCUUGACGCGCUUUGAUGGUGGCAAUUGGAUAUUUGCUUAAGAAGCUGGCUCAUGAACAUAGCAUCGCUAUACUGGUAUUAAAGAAGUUUCAGGCCAUUAAGCGUGUCCUUGUGCUUUAAAGUCAAAACCUUUUUUUUGUGUCUCCUUGUGUAUUGAAGGUGACAAAUCACACGGUGGGUGCUGGAGGAGAAGGUGGUAAAACCAAACCAGCUCUUGGGGAAACAUGGAAAAGCAUCCCACACGUGAGACUUUCGCUAUCACGUGACCAUAAGAACAGCAACUGCACCAUCUCCAUCUUAAAACACACAUCCUUGCCUUCAGGCCAAGCUGCGAAGACCUUGACUCGCAAGGAGAAUCAACAAUGUCCAUAAGCCUCCUUGGCUAUAUAUUCCACGCCCAUCGUUUGGAUGUGCAAGAAGAGAACCACAUAAAUGAAUGAUCAGAUGGAUUUCUUGUUUCGGUUUUACAUGUAGAAUUAUACUGCAGCAAUGAAAAUUAAAAUUUGUUGAACAAAUGAGUGGUGUGUAUAUAAGGAUCACAUGAAUAUAGAAUCACAUUUUAAAACUUUGCGCGCACACC